CUUAUUUUGAAUGUGCGUACUAGAAGUUUUUUUAUAUACACUUUCAAACUUUAGUUCUUUUUGCAACCAUGGCGAGUUUGGCUGAUGUCGGUUGGAAACUGCUGGAAUUUAAAGCCCGGUCAAAAAGAUCAGAUUUGUGAUUUAGCUGAGCGAAAGACAAAGAGAGAGAGGGAGACACGAUUGACCUUAAUUUCACCUUUUGAAAAUGGCUGGGAUAAAGCGGCCUCAUCAGAAAGUCCAAAGACUGGGAUCCAUCUAUGAGCCCCUCAAGCUGUCAAUCCUCCACCGUGAGGACGAGCCCCUGUGGGAGAAGCUGGACCGCUACUACAAUGCUGUCAAAACUACCAUACUCAACUACCAGAGUCCCACCACCGGCCUCUUCCCCAUCAAGACCUGCUCCACAUGUAAAGAGGCCAAGGUGCGGGACUCCCUGUACUGCGCGGCAGGAGCUUGGGCGCUGGCCGUAGCCUAUCGACGUAUCGACGACGACAUGGGACGCACCCACGAACUGGAGCACUCGGCCAUUAAGUGCAUGAGAGGAAUCCUCUACUGUUACAUGAGGCAGGCUCAUAAGGUGGAACAGUUCAAGCAGGACCCCACCCCCUCCAAGUGUCUGCACUCCAUGUUCAAUGUGCAUACGGGCGACGAGAUCCACACCUAUGACCAAUACCAUCACCUGCAGAUCGACGCCGUUUCCUUGUUCCUGCUCUACCUGGUGGAGAUGAUCUGCUCCGGCCUGCAGAUUAUCUACAACACCGAUGAGGUGUCCUUCAUCCAGAACCUGGUGUUCUGCGUGGAGAGAGCUUAUAGGGUGCCCGACUAUGGCAUGUGGGAGCGAGGCAGCAAGUACAACAACGGCAGCACCGAGUUGCAUUCAAGCUCCGUGGGGCUGGCCAAGGCUGCUUUGGAGGCCAUCAAUGGAUUUAACCUGUUUGGAAACCAGGGUUGCUCCUGGUCGGUGAUCUUCGUGGAUCUGGACGCCCACAACCGAAACAGACAAACGUUGUGCUCCCUGCUUCCUCGAGAGUCCCGCUCUCACAACACGGACGCAGCCUUACUGCCGACCAUCAGCUACCCUGCCUUCGCCGUGGACGACGACGCCCUCUACAGCCAGACAUUGGACAAAAUCGUCCGCAAGCUCCGUGGCAAAUACGGCUUCAAGCGCUUCCUCCGUGAUGGAUACCGUACCUCCAAUGAGGACAUGGACCGCCGAUACUACAAACCUGCUGAAAUGAAGCUCUUUGAUGGGAUCGAGUGCGAGUUUCCCAUAUUCUUCAUCUUCAUGAUGAUUGACGGUGUGUUCAGAGGGAACCAGGCUCAGGUGAAAGAGUACCAAGACCUUCUUGACCCGAUCAUCUUUCAAUCUUAUGAGGGCCACGCUGUCGUCCCCAAGUACUACUACGUGCCCGCAGACUUCGUGGAGGCCGAGCAAAGCAAGCAUGGCAGUCAGAAGCGCUUCCCGAGCAAUUCCGGACGUGACGGCAAGCUCUUUCUGUGGGGCCAAGCUCUUUACAACAUUGCCAAGCUGCUAAUUGACGAACUGAUCAGCCCCAAGGACAUUGACCCCAUCCAUCGCUACGUACCUCGCCAGGACCAACGCAACGUCAGCAUGCGCUACUCCAACCAGGGCCCCAUAGAGAAUGAUGUUGUGGUCCAUGUUUCCCUGAUCGCUGAGAGCCAGAGACUGCAAGUGUUUCUGAACACGUACGGUAUUCAGACGCAGACACCGCAGCAGGUGGAGCCCAUCCAAAUCUGGCCUCAAAAGGAGUUGGUCAAGGCGUACCGCUUCCUGGCCGUCAAUAACAAGCUGGGCCUGAGUGGGCGUCCGGAUCGACCCGUGGGCUGCAUCGGGACCUCAAAGAUUUACCGUAUCCUCGGGAAGACGGUGGUGUGCUACCCGAUUGUCUUUGAUCUGAGCGACUUUUACCUUUCUCAAGACGUCAUGCUGCUGAUUGACGACAUUAAGAACGCCCUUCAGUUCAUCAAGCAGUGUUGGAAGAUGCAAGGACGACCUCUCUUCUUGGUCCUCAUCCACGAGGACAACAUCAAGGGAAGUCGCUUCAACCCGGUGUUGGACAUGCUGGCGUCCUUCAAGAAGGGCCACAUCGGAGGGGUGAAAGUUCACGUGGACAGACUUCAGACGCUGAUCUCCGGCGCUGUGGUGGAGCAAUUGGACUUCCUGCGUGUCAACGAGGCCGAGAUCCCAGAGUUCAAGAGCUUCGAGGAGCUGGAACUUCCCAAACACUCCAAAGUCAAGCGACAGACGAGCACACCUAACGCCUCUGACUUAGAGCAGCAGCCCGAGAUCAGCGUGGAUGAAUGGCUCCAUAAGCCCACCGACGAGAUCCUCCAGAAGUUCCACGAUUGCGAUUGCUUGGCUAGCCAGGCUCAACUUGCCGGAAUCCUGUUGAGGAGGGAAGGAUCGCAGUUCCUCACCAAGGAUGAGAACCUGAUGGAAGAGCUGGAGAGGAUCUACCGACAAGCCGGCAGCCGAAAACUUUGGUCUGAUGAUUACACGCCCAUGCGCAGACAAGCACACCUUCACACACCCGCAUUCGCACGCACACACGCACGCACAUUUAACGGGUUGUUGUGUUUAACGAAGCGCAGGCUGGCGGUGCGCGAUGCCGCCGCCAUCACCAAGAAGUUGGCCAGCUCUAUCGCGCCGCACAUUACCUCCAUACUCGUGAAGGGCAAGCAGGUGACCCUGGGCGUGUUUGGCCACGAGGAGGAGGUGAUUUCCAACCCGCUGUCUCCCAGCGUCAUCCAGGGUAUCAUCUACAGCAAAUGCUGCCCACUAGGGGGCGAGCGCGAGGCAGUCCUGCAGCAAGAGCUGGUCAUCCACAUCGGCUGGAUCAUCUCCAACAGCCCGGAGCUCUUUAGCGGCAUGCUCAAGAUCCGAGUUGGGUGGAUUGUCCAGGCAAUGAAACAGGAAUUGAAAAUCCGGGCGGGAGACAUGCCCCCCCAGGAUAUCUACCAGCUCUCUCCCAGCGAUAUCAAGCAGCUCUUACUGGACGUGCUGCAGCCUCAGCACACGGGCAGGUCGUGGCUCCACCGCCGCCAGAUUGACGGCUCGCUCAACAGAACCCCUUUGGGCUUUUACGACCGGGUUUGGCAGAUCCUGGAGAGGACCCCCGACGGGAUUCUGGUCGGCGGGACACACCUCCCGCAGCAACCGACACUGUCUGACAUGACCAUGUACGAGAUGAAUUUCUCUCUGCUGGUGGAGGACACACUGAAAAGCAUCGUCCUGCCCGAAUACAGACAGACCAUCGUGGAGCUGCUGAUGGUGGUGUCCAUUGUGCUGGAGAGAAACCCGGAAGUGGACUUUGCUGACAAGGUGGACCUGGAUAGUCUCGUGAAAGAAGCAUUUGCCGACUUCCGGCGGGAUCGCAGUCGCUCAGAAGGCACCGAGAAGCAGGACGACAUGCAAGCCUUCUACAACACGCCGCCUGUAGGUCGGAGAGGCACCUCCAGCUAUCUGACGAAAGCCGUCCUGAGCCUUUUGUUGCAGGGGGACGUGAAGCCCUGCAAGGACGACCCGUGUUCUGUUAGCUAGAAGCCCGUUGUUUUUUUUCGUAGUGGCGGAACACCACACGGUGGAUUGAAAACGAAAUGGUAGGGCCUGGUAGCAAAUGAACUAGUCAUUUGGUUUGUUUGUUGUCUUUCAAGCCUAACUUUGCAUAAAAAAGGAAGACUGAGAAUCUUGCAAUUAAGGGCAGCUAUUGCAUUUUUUUUAGUCCUGAUAGUCAACUCUGGGCAGCCGCGUUGGGCUGGUUGGCGAGACAAGCUUUGAACGAAUUGCUAUUUAAUUGGCGUUGCGAAGAUAAAGCAGGCGAAGCUAUGCCUAGUGUUAGCUCAAUUUUCAAACAACAUGCGUUUACAAAAAAUGAAUCCACUUUGCUGCCUGCCAGAAAAUGUUUGGGUUUUUUUUCAGUUUUGAAGGGCGAAUUAUAAUGGCCAAAAUCAUCCUAAAACGGCCUCUUUAAACUAAAAUAGCUGACCUUCUAGUAGUUUCACAGUAUGGGUCCUUUUUUUAAUUUGUGGAACUACUUAUGAUACACAUCUACAAACAUGCAUGGGGCUAUAACUGAAUUGAGAAAAAAAUAAAGAUUUGAAAUUGACAAUUAAUUUUUCAAGAGAUAACCCAAACACACUGAAACGAAAGUCAACAAGAUUUUUUUUUUUGUGGGUCUAAACAUGAUAAAAAAUCCUACCAAAUUCAUCCUUCUAAGCCAAAAAUCUACAAACAUGCAUGGGGCUAUAACUGAAUUGAGAAAAAAAUAAAGAUUUGAAAUUGACAAUUAAUUUUUCAAGAGAUAACCCAAACACACUGAAACGAAAGUCAACAAGAUUUUUUUUUUGUGGGUCUAAACAUGAUAAAAAAUCCUACCAAAUUCAUCCUUCUAAGCCAAAAAUCUACAAACAUGCAUGGGGCUAUAACUGAAUUGAGAAAAAAAAUAAAGAUUUGAAAUUGACAAUGAAUUUUUCAAGAGAUAACCCAAACACACUGAAACGAAAGUCAACAAGAUUUUUUUUUUUGUGGGUCUAAACAUGAUAAAAAAUCCUACCAAAUUCAUCCUUCUAAGCCAAAAAUCUACAAACAUGCAUGGGGCUAUAACUGAAUUGAGAAAAAAAUAAAGAUUUGAAAUUGACAAUUAAUUUUUCAAGAGAUAACCCAAACACACUGAAACGAAAGUCAACAAGAUUUUUUUUUUGUGGGUCUAAACAUGAUAAAAAAUCCUACCAAAUUCAUCCUUCUAAGCCAAAAAUCUACAAACAUGCAUGGGGCUAUAACUGAAUUGAGAAAAAAAAUAAAGAUUUGAAAUUGACAAUGAAUUUUUCAAGAGAUAACCCAAACACACUGAAACGAAAGUCAACAAGAUUUUUUUUUUGUGGGUCUAAACAUGAUAAAAAAUCCUACCAAAUUCAUCCUUCUAAGCCAAAAAGGCUUUCGUGGGACGGAUUGUUAAAUAGCAAUUUAUUAAUUCCAGGGAUUGAAAAUGUAUUCGAGGUCUAUAUUUUAUUGUGAGACACCAAACCUUCAUUGCUGUGCUGCACCCACAUGCAGUGAUGGCAACUAAAAUAUUUCACCAUUUAGUGUGGGGUUCUCCCAUUUUUGGCAGUAGCAACAUCCAAACAACCACAUCUCCUUUGUGAUUUUUACAGAGCAAUGCUUGCUAUUAGCCAGUGUCAAACUAAUCUCAGGCAAGCUAAAACGAAGCCUUGAAAUCGUCAUUACAAUGUACUGCUUGAAAUGCUGCCUAUGAUUGUCCGAAGCAUGUUUUGCUGUUAAUCCAGUGCAAAGUGGUGUUUAGAAAUUACCCAAUUUGGAUGUGAAUCGCGUCAUUUUGCUUGCAUACAUGUUAAAUAUUUAAUGUGUCAUGUUUACAUGCACUUUUUGUUUUGGUUGUGUAGUACAAGGAGGAGAAGUAAAGACUUAUUUAAAAGUG